CGUUGGACUUGACUCACGUCUCUGUAACUCGUUAAAGAAAAAGACGAUUUUACACACCUGAGGAUGUUGCUGUGUUUGGUGAUGGUGGGGCUGUUAGCAGGGCUGCCAGAUCCCUGCAGAGGAAUGGAGGCAUUGUCAUCUCAGCUGUGGAUACUGGAGUUGAAGGAAAGCCACAAUAGAAAUGUCACUUAUCGACCGAGCUUAUUAAAUAUGCCAGACCUCCCAAGCUGGCUACACUACUCUCCUGCUCAUCACUCUGGGUUUGUUUAUGGAGUGCCACCUGAGGGCAUAUCUCAGUUCCAACUGGAGGUGGUACAGAGAGACAAGAGCACAUAUAACACAUCUCACAGGGUGUACAAUGUCGAUGUUUUGGAACAGCCACGUAAGCCCUAUGAGGUACGCUUCAAAAUCACAAAUUGGAAUGUAGAGGAAAUGCUGGUGCACAAAGGCUGGGAGAAACUAAUGUCAGUGCUGACAGAAGACCUCUGGGAAGAAAGUGCUGCUGACCUUAAUGUGACAUACCUAACCUCGGCUACCCAAAAGGGUGAUCGCUUGCCUGCCAGACCAGAUGAGCGAGAAGGAGUUUACAUAGGAUAUGGCAGUUCUGCAAAAUUUUCGUCUUCUCUGUAUCGUCUGGAACAGGAGGUGAAGAUACUCUGGAGCCACCGUCCUUGUCCGUCAUAUUAUAAGAAAACAUCAUAUGAGCGCUUCUUCCGCGAGGAGAAUUUUGCUGUUGACUGGUGCAACUUUAAGUUGCAUGACAACAGUGGUGACAUGAUGUAUGGUGGGCAUGACGAUUCCCGUGAUCAUGAGGAAGGUCAUAGGUCCCCAGUGAUCUCAGCCCUGGAGAAUGAGGGAAGGGUGUACCUACGCAGCCGUGAGCAGAUCACAAAACGGUCCUACACUCUAGAUGUGGUGCACACCAUCCUGAUCCCCCUGGUUGUGAUGCUGGUGCUACUGGCCCUGCUUACACUGGCUAUGUGCUGCCACAGGAAUAACAUGGACCAACAAUCCAGUGACUUUUUCGAUGAACUCUUUGAUGACUUCCCGCGUUCCCCUCAUCCCUCCACAGCCACAACAACCACUCAGGCUGACACUCUUCCCAGGUCCUGCACUGCCAGUCCCUCCUCCACCCUGCCUCGGAAUUCUACGCUUAGUCGCCGCUUUGAGGACUAUGCCACCCUCACACGGCCUGACCCACCACCAUAUCAGAGAAAUGGAGCAACACCAACACGCUAAGAUUUGUCAUGGUUGAGGAGACAACUGGACUGAGGAGAGGUUAGCAAAUAGAUUGCAUAAUUAUGAUUGGUGGCAUAGGAGCCAUGGAUAGAAUUUUGUAUAUUGUUUACUUGAGGUCACAAGGAGAGCAGUUACGAAUAGAUUUUGAGAGUGGAUAAUAGGGAAAGUUGGUGCAUUAUUAUCUAAGAAGUGAUAGGCAGUAUCAAUUUGAAGUAUUACUUGUAUCCAUUGAUAUGCUUCAUUUUAGGUGUUUGUUGAUAUAUUUCCCUUGUGAUUUGCCUCUCUGUGACGUGUGAAGUAAACCUUUGACUGAAAAUGUGCCAUGAACUUGCAUUUAAACUGUCAUAGUAGUGCAAUAGAACUUCCAGAUUCUCUUUAGGCUUACUAACUCUCUUCUGUAUUUAUAAUAAAGUAAUUUGACUGUUGCACAAUCUUCAAGGUUUCACUUGCAAUUUGACUUUUACUUACAAAGUUAUUAUAAGUAGAUAUUCAAAAGGAUUGACAUGUCUGGGCUUUUAAAGUGGUGCAUUGUUAGAAUGUAAUGAAAUAGUUACUUAUACAGGGAGUACUGUACUCUGAUAUAGUGUAAUUUUUUUACCAAGAUUAGUGUGAAUAUGAAAUGAAGUUUCAUACCAAAUUUUCUUGUUAUAAUAAAAAAGAAACUCAAAAUAUGACAGAAUAUGUCAGUUAUGUAAAAUUUAUGUAUCUGAAAUUCUUGAACAUCUCUGAGAGAUCUGUUUGCCAAUAUUAACCUGUUAAUGCCAACGUGAUGAAUUUAUCUCAUAUGACUCCAAUGGUUUUCAGUGGUACAGAAUAAAUUCAGAAGCCUCUGUGUCAAAUCUAAUGAAUUUGUCUAAUCUUUCUCUCUUGAGAAGACCAACUGGAAUCUGUUUGAGUCUGAGGAUCUUAGAUCACAACACAUGUCAAGCUUAAGGUAUCUGGCCUGCUUUUUGUGAUGAUGUAUUGACCAUAAUGAUGAAUUUAUCAUUAUCAUAAUAAUAACAGAACAGAGAUCUCCAGAAAUUAGUGAGCAGUAUGACAAGUUUGUCAAAUAAUUGGAAAACUGCAUAAAUUGCAAAGUAAAGUAAGCUCUUGAACCUUUGUCAGGUCCAUCUAAGUCCAUGAACCAAGCCAUUAUUAUGGAUGGGCUAAGGAUGAUAUAUAUCAAUCAAUGAAAGGUUAAUAUGUCAGUGUAUAUGAAGCUAAUGCAUAUGGAUAAUACUGUACUUUAAAUAUAUUAGUACAAUUGAGUAUUAAGUGUUUUAUCUUGUGGUGACAUUUUAAAUGGUGGAAGAAAUUGUUGUCCAUGGGUUUAGGGUAGGAGAAUAGUGGUUAUGGUAUGAACUUCAGUAUAUAUUAUAAACUUAAAUUUAGACAUAAACUCCACUGAAAAGGGUAUAUAAAAGCACUUUAUAGGAACAUGGCUAGUUAUUACAUACAUAUAUGUGGUAUUGUUUUAAAGAAAUUUGUAAUUAUAUAAAUAACUGGAGGAAACAUUGUGGCUAAACUGGUCCUGAAUGAAAUAGUACAUUGUGAAUCUACUGAUGUUGGUUAGAGUUAGAAAAUCAUUAUAGUCUAUGUUCAUUAUUUUUUUUUUUAACAAAGAUUACCAACUGAAUUAGACUUUCAGAUCCCACAGUGCUUUUGUAAUUUCCUGUAAAGUGUAUCAUAAAAAAGUAAAAUAACAGAAAGAAAGAGAAACAUACCAGUAUUUGAAGUGAAUGCAUAUCAUAUAUCUUUAUGUUAAAAGGAGUUUACAGUGUGAUUUGUGGGUUAUGUCCAUGUAUGCAUACUUGUGUGAAAGUAUAAAACAACACAUUUUGCAUAUACUUUUACAGACACUAGCAAUAGAUUAAGCAUAGCCAGUACAUAAAUACAAUGAUAUGUUUAGGAAUUUAAAAAGAGAAAGCCAAUAUUCUUAUAUCUGUAAGUUUAAUUAUUUUAUACAAAAUGCUAUUAAAGCACAGUAUUAUUUUACAUUACAUUUAGUAACCAUGAUCUCUGUAAUCAUAUAAUAUAAAUUGGAAACCCUUUUUUGAAGUGGAAACUAUAGCAGAAACUAAAGUUGAGAUGGAAGAGUAUUGAGGAAAGUAUAGUGCAAAAUAAGAUAUAUAUAUGAGUACUUAAGUAAAUGUAAACGUGUUUGAUGACACUGGUUUUUAAAGGGUUUGGUUAGUAUAUCAAACUGAAAAGAAUUAUAGUGUUUAUCCUUGUAAAUGGUGUCAGAAACAUGAUAUUACUGUGGUACAAGAUUUAUUGGUUUGUAAUAAUGCUAAACCACAUACUUAACUUACAGGGUACUGAUAUAUCUACAAAAGAAUGCUGUCUAGUCAAAAGGCUUUAAAGUAUUAGAAUUUUAAGAUUGUCUUUGUUGUUGUCAGUUGUGAUUUUUAUUGUUUUGCUUUCAAUAAAUAAUGAAAGUAUUA